UACUCAUUUAAUUUACCAAGUAUACCUGGCGGCUAGUAUUUCUCACCUCUCUGAGAGUGGACUAACACGGCCCUCACUACAUGUAAUUAGGAUAAAGCCCUGGGCUUUAUAAGGUAGACAGGAAGUCUGGACAAUAUGGAAAGAAGACAGAUUUAGCCUGAAUAUGACAUAGAGGAUCACACUAAUUUCAUUUUGAGUGUGAAGCUCUCAAAUAGACACUUUUGACCUGAGUCAUCCUUAAAUGGGAAACUAAACAGCCAUGAAAUUUUAAUAGUGAGGAAAUUAGUGCCUUCUUACAUUUCAGACUGUGAAAUGGCACCAGGGAGACUCAGUGGCAGGCCGUAGGCAGUGCGUGGAGGUUCUAGAUCAAACCUGAAAGUUUUGCCCUUCAACUUGCAAUCCUCGUCUGCCCAGCAAGCCCCCGACGGAGACAUUCUGACAGGACACCUCCAGGAUGCCACCCAAAAAAGUGCAAAUCCAAGUGGAGGAGAAAGAAGAUGACACAGAAGAAAGCUCAAGUGAAGAAGAAGACAAACUACCUAGAAGAGAAAGCUUGAGACCCAAGAGAAAACGGACUAGGGAUGUCAUCAACGAGGAUGAUCCAGAACCUGAGCCAGAGGAUGAAGAAACAAGGAAGGCAAGAGAAAAAGAAAGGCGGAGGAGGCUGAGGAGAGGAGCGGAAGAAGAAGAAGAGAUUGAUGAAGAGGAAUUAGAGCGACUGAAGGCACAGUUGGAUGAGAAUAGACAGAUGAUUGCUACUGUCAAAUGCAAACCUUGGAAAAUGGAGAAGAAAAUUGAAGUUCUCAAGGAAGCAAAGAAAUUUGUGAGUGAAAAUGAAGGGGCUCUUGGGAAAGGAAAAGGGAAGAAGUGGUUUGCAUUUAAGAUGAUGAUGGCCAAGAAAUGGGCAAAAUUCCUCCGUGACUUUGAAAACUUCAAAGCUGCUUGUGUCCCGUGGGAGAACAAAAUCAAGGCAAUUGAAAGUCAGUUUGGCUCAUCAGUGGCCUCGUACUUCUUGUUCCUGCGGUGGAUGUAUGGUGUUAACAUGGUUCUCUUCAUCCUGACAUUCAGCCUCAUCAUGUUACCAGAGUACCUCUGGGGUUUACCAUAUGGCAGCUUACCUAGGAAAACAGUCCCAAGAGCUGAAGAGGCAUCUGCAGCCAACUUCGGCGUGUUGUACGACUUCAAUGGCCUGGCACAGUACUCUGUCCUCUUUUAUGGCUACUACGAUAAUAAACGCACAAUUGGAUGGCUGAAUUUCCGGCUACCUCUCUCCUACUUCCUGGUGGGAAUUAUGUGCAUUGGAUACAGCUUUCUGGUUGUCCUCAAAGCGAUGACCAAAAAUAUUGGUGAUGAUGGAGGUGGCGAUGACAAUACUUUCAAUUUCAGCUGGAAGGUAUUCUGCAGCUGGGACUAUCUGAUUGGUAACCCUGAAACAGCUGACAACAAAUUUAAUUCUAUCACAAUGAACUUUAAGGAAGCCAUCAUAGAAGAAAGAGCGGCCCAGGUGGAGGAGAACGUCCACCUCAUCAGAUUCCUGAGGUUUCUUGCUAACUUCUUCGUGUUCCUAACACUUGGUGCAAGUGGAUACCUCAUCUUUUGGGCUGUGAAGCGAUCCCAGGAAUUUGCACAGCAAGAUCCUGACACCCUUGGGUGGUGGGAAAAAAAUGAAAUGAACAUGGUUAUGUCCCUCCUGGGGAUGUUCUGUCCCACACUGUUUGACUUAUUUGCUGAAUUGGAAGAUUACCAUCCUCUCAUUGCUCUGAAGUGGCUCCUGGGGCGCAUUUUUGCUCUUCUUCUAGGCAACCUGUAUGUAUUUAUUCUUGCCUUGAUGGAUGAGAUUAACAACAAGAUUGAAGAGGAGAAGCUUGUGAAGGCCAAUAUUACCCUGUGGGAAGCCAACAUGAUUAAGGCUUAUAAUGACUCUCUCUCUGGGAACACCACAGGACCACCGUUUUUUGUUCAUCCUGCAGAUGUACCUCGGGGACCCUGCUGGGAAACAAUGGUGGGACAGGAGUUUGUGCGACUCACCGUUUCUGAUGUUCUGACCACUUACGUCACGAUCCUCAUUGGUGACUUCCUCAGAGCAUGCUUUGUGAGGUUUUGCAACUACUGCUGGUGCUGGGAUUUGGAAUACGGAUAUCCCUCAUACACAGAAUUUGACAUCAGUGGCAAUGUCCUCGCUCUGAUCUUCAACCAAGGCAUGAUCUGGAUGGGCUCCUUCUUUGCCCCGAGCCUUCCAGGUAUCAACAUCCUCAGGCUCCACACAUCCAUGUAUUUCCAGUGCUGGGCUGUGAUGUGCUGCAAUGUUCCCGAGGCCAGAGUCUUUAAAGCUUCCAGAUCCAACAAUUUCUACCUUGGCAUGCUGCUGCUCAUCCUCUUCCUGUCCACCAUGCCCGUGCUCUACAUGAUCGUCUCCCUCCCACCAUCCUUUGAUUGUGGGCCCUUCAGUGGGAAAAACAGGAUGUUUGAAGUCAUUGGCGAGACCCUGGAACAUGAUUUCCCAAGCUGGAUGGCGAAGAUCCUGCGGCAGCUUUCUAACCCCGGGCUGGUCAUUGCUGUCGUUCUGGUGAUGGCUUUGACCAUCUAUUAUCUCAAUGCUACCGCCAAGGGCCAGAAAGCAGCAAAUCUGGAUCUAAAAAAGAAGAUGAAAAUGCAAGCUUUGGAGAACAAAAUGAGAAACAAGAAAAUGGCAGCUGCGCGAGCAGCUGCAGCUGGUGGUGGCCAGUAACUUCAUCAAACAACCUGGGAGGCUCCGAAGUACUUUUCACUUCUCUUUAUCAAUAUAGUGAAUGACGAUAGGAAGAGCCAGUGACCUAGCAUUGGGGCACCACUGCCCUGUAUGCUACCACUGCUGGGUCAUCGAGGCCUUAGCCUCGAGCAUCUAUGAAGGGCUCAUCAGCUCUCCUUGAGCAAGAAGAAUCUCAUCGUAUUCUGUAUUUCUGCGGGUUAUGAUACUUUCUCUCUUACUUCCCCCACGUGUUCUCAAACUGAGUUUAAGUGGGUGUGUGAUCUAGUGAUACAAAUUACUGGUUAUAAUUAAUAUUUUUAAACGUAUCAAUUUUAAAGGAUACUUUUAAAAAAGUCAGCAUUUCCUUAUAUGGACUCUUUUUCAGUUUCUUCCACUGGGAGUGGGAAUAUAAUAGCACCAUUUUCCCCUCCAAAUCUGGAGCUAUCUGAAUGAAAUAUUCACUGUGACCAUUGGUUGGCUUACUGUUUUAUGUAUACUCUUUUUAUUAAUUUGUUGAGAUGAUAAAGUUGAUGUCUUUCUCACUCAUAUAAAUGUCAUAUUUAUAUAAUACUAAUUUUUUUUUAAUUUUUUUUUCUCAUGGUUUAUUUUUUUUAUAUUUAAAAAUUUCCAUCUCCUUCCCUCCUCCUCCCCCCUCCCUCCCCUCCU